AUGGACACAGACACAGGCAUGCACCAAAACCAACACAACAACCAACAGUUCAAAAUCCAGCACAACAACAACCAACACAACAACCAACAGUUCAAAAUCCAGCACAACAACAACAACCAACACAACAACCACCUCCACAACCAGCACAGCAACCACCUCCACAACCAGCACAACAACCACAAACAGAGCAAGGACAUAAAAGAAGUAGAGAAAAAGGAAACCAAGAAUUCUUAA